CAUAGCAGCCUGCAUAUUCACAAGCAAGACACUUCUUUUGGUCACAAAACUCUUUUGACGUUUUGAUGUAGAUAUGCACUACAGAGUCGUUGGAAUAUUAUUUUAUCAAAUCACCUACAACCCAAGUCCCAUAGACAAUCUCAUCAGAUAAUUUGCAGCAUGAAUUUUGAUGAGCAGUCUUUCAGCAGUCCUGUCUGUUCCGCUCCCAUCGAGUGGUUCUCUGCAUGUUCAGAUGCACAUGACUAUGAAACCGGAUGGUAUUUCCUGUGCGGGGCUUCCAACGAUACAGAUGCACUCGCCGCUAUCCUCGGAUUAAGGGAUGGUGAACAUCUCGGAUUACGCCCUGCAACAGUGUUUGGGUUCAAGGCGAGGAAGUGGGGUCGGCAGCCCGUUCUUGUAAGAGAAAGUGGUGAAAAAGACAGCCCAAAUGGAGAUGCAGCGGUUUCCGGGGCGGCGCUCAGGAUUGAGAGGACGGACCAUGCCAAAAUGUUGCGGGGCCUGCUGCCGAGUAUGUUUCGAGUCGAUAAAUGCUACAUUCGACUUGAUCGCGAUCGCGGGGAAGACGACGAGCUUAUCCGCGGCUUUGCUUUCGUGUGGGAUGGAAAGACCGAAGAGUUGAAGAACUGAACACCUUUAAACUCGAGACCAGGCCAAUCAUCCUCGCUGGGGACUCUGUGCUGCAUUUGGCCGCAUUGCGACGCUGCGCGUUGGCCAUCUGGGGAGGGUUCGAUGCCCAACUUCCCGGCAUCAGGCGUCCGGAGAGACCCUGUGAGGAAUUAACUCUCGUCUUGAGAACUGCGAUCCUCCCUGGUGUCAUCCAAUUGCUGCUGCAGAGCCAAAUCUCUUCGCAUCCUUGAUUUCCUGGGGUUUCACGUUGGCUGGGGUGUUCCAGCUCUCGAAAUCUUCGAGUUGGCACUGCCCCAAUCCCCACCCGCUGCCAUCAUGUCGCCAAUGGCGCCCUGUGUCUCAUGCUCCAGCACAUUCCCCCCAUGGACGUCUGGAGUACAUACCCUUUCGACUCCCUUUUCGUGCAAAAGCAUUCCGAAUGCUCUGACGGAUUUGCUCUACUCGGGGAGAGCCGCGAGAGCGCUCGCCCGGUGAUUUCGCCAAGAAAUGAUCGCAGGGCUAGCCACUGAGCAGAGAAAAGCG